CCAAUGCCAAUGGCAAGCGGUGGUGUCCAUUCAACACCUAGCGCCUCAACCUCUACCUCUGCUGCGACCGCGAACGCCGGAGUCAGCGGCCCCAGCUCCUUAUCAACUGAGACAAGCUACGGCCCAUCGUCUCAUGCAGCCUCCGAUGUAGGCUCAGUCACGACUGAAGACGAAGAAGACCUCGAAGACUACUGCAAAGGUGGCUACCACCCGGUGCAUGUCGGUGACACUUUCUCAGAGGGGCGCUAUCUCAUUGUGAGGAAGUUGGGCUGGGGCCACUUCUCCACCGUCUGGCUGGCAAAGGAUCACAAAAUGAACCGCCACGUAGCCCUCAAAGUCGUCAAGUCCGCGCCGCAUUACACCGAGACUGCUCUCGAUGAGAUCAAGCUGCUGCAGAGGUUGGUCGCAGCCAACCCCACUCACGCGGGCAGGCGUCAUUGCGUUUCGCUUCUCGACCAUUUCAAGCACAAGGGACCGCAUGGAAGUCACGUCUGCAUGGUCUUUGAAGUCCUGGGCGAGAAUCUCCUCGGUCUCAUCAAGCGAUACCAACAUCGAGGCGUGCCCCCACACAUCGUCAAGCAGAUUGCCAAGCAGGUCUUGCUCGGCUUGGACUACAUGCAUCGCGAGUGCGGUAUCAUCCACACCGAUCUCAAGCCAGAGAAUGUCCUCAUCUGCAUCGACGACGUCGAAGCCGUCGUGCAGGCAGAGCUGCAGACAAACCCUGCAGCCGUACCCACCAAGCUCGUCGGUGUACCGCCUAGUCAAGGUCGAGGCGGUGCCCAGACCCCGCGUCGAGAUGGCGUCUUCAUCACCGGCUCCCAACCGCUGCCCAGCCCGAGCAGCAGUCUGAGCUCCAGCCCCAUGUUCGACAAGUGGGCAUUCGCAAUGUCCAAGAUCGAGAACGCUUCUGGGCUGGCCAGCGCAAGCGAGAGUCUGAAGAGUGGCAGUGAGGCGGGAGGAGCGCAAGCAGCGCCUGCGCAACGGGUGCGAGAAGGGACGGCAGACUCGAUUGGCAAGGGAAUGGGAGAGAUGUCGACGACGCAGGCGGACGAGGCAUUUGGGAGCAAGAGCAUCCCUUCCAUUGCCCAACCCAAGGGUCCAUCCCUUCUCUCGCAGCAGGCACCGCAGGCAAAGGCAGCGGCAGCAGCGGCAGCGGCAGCGGCUGCAGCCUCCAACCAAGUGUCAACGCCUGGCGCCGAGGCUUCGUCUUCCCUCACGCCGCCACCGGAAUCGAGUGCUGCCGUCGCCUCAUCGCCCGGCGCAGGCACUUCCUUUGCCGACUCGAUGAUGUCGACCGAAUCCAAGGAGUCUCGACAGCCACACAGCUUCGCCCCCGCUCCGGCUGCAGGGGACCCGAACACUCUGCCCCCUCCUCCGCCGUACGACCCGAGCUCCCUCGAACGCAUCACGGUCAAGAUUGCCGAUUUAGGCAACGCAUGCUGGGUGGACCACCACUUCACCAACGACAUUCAAACGCGCCAAUAUCGCUGCCCGGAGGUGAUCAUUGGCGCCAAGUGGGGCCCAACGGCAGACGUAUGGAGCGCAGCGGCCAUGUUCUUUGAGCUGUUGACGGGAGAUUACCUCUUUGAUCCAGCGGCGGGAUCCAAGUACAACAAGGACGACGAUCACAUUGCUCAAGUGAUCGAGCUGCUCGGCGACUUCCCGAAGAGCCUUGCCUUCGCCGGAAAGUACAGCGCGGACAUCUUCAAUCGUCGCGGCGAGCUGCGACAUAUUCACAAGCUGCGCUUCUGGCCCUUGAUUUCGGUGCUGCAGGAAAAGUACCUUAUGCCCUUUGACGAAGCGAAGCGACUCGAUUCUUUCCUUUCGCCCAUGCUGCGUCUUCACUCGGAGAAGAGGGCGUCGGCGCAGGAGGCGCUGCAGCAUGACUGGCUGGAGGGGGUUGUGGUGGAGGGAGAGCUCGAGCAGAUGCUCCGCAAUGGCCAGUUUGGCGCGUUGAGUCAGAGCCUGAUGCAGGGCCAACAGCAGCAGCAGCAACUCCAGCAGCGCGUGGGCGUAACGGAUCAAGAUGCGCUAGAUGCACUCAAACCAGUGAGCUCCUCCUUGUCCUCGUCACUGCAGGGCUCGCCCACCACGAGCACCGGAAUGGGCCUCAACCCGCAGGCGUUGAAGGAUGUGCAGGCAAGGGUGGCAGCUCAUCAGAAGCAG